AAGUGGAACAAAAAGUUUUUCUUUGUCCUGGACUACUAAAAGGAGUAUACCAGAGUGAACAUUUGUUUGAGUCCGACCACCAGUCGGGGGCAUGGUGCAAAGACCCUCUGCAGGCUUCUGACAAGAUUUAUUAUAUGCCUUGGACCCCCUACAGAACUGAUACCCUGACCGAGUACUCAUCCAAGGAUGACUUCAUUGCUGGAAGGCCAACUACAACCUACAAGCUCCCUCACAGGGUGGAUGGCACAGGAUUUGUAGUGUAUGAUGGAGCUUUGUUCUUCAACAAAGAGCGCACCAGGAACAUAGUCAAGUUUGAUCUGCGGACUAGGAUAAAAAGUGGAGAGGCUAUCAUAGCCAAUGCCAAUUACCAUGAUACCUCCCCUUACCGAUGGGGAGGCAAAUCUGACAUAGACCUGGCAGUGGAUGAGAAUGGGCUAUGGGUCAUCUAUGCGACAGAACAAAACAAUGGUAAAAUUGUCAUUAGCCAGUUGAACCCUUACACCCUGCGGAUUGAAGGGACAUGGGAUACUGCCUAUGAUAAAAGGUCAGCUUCCAAUGCAUUUAUGAUUUGUGGGAUUCUGUAUGUGGUCAAAUCUGUGUAUGAGGAUGAUGACAACGAGGCCACAGGGAAUAAGAUUGACUACAUUUACAACACCGACCAAAGUAAGGAUAGCUUGGUGGAUGUGCCCUUUCCUAAUUCAUACCAGUACAUAGCAGCUGUGGAUUACAACCCCAGGGACAACCUUCUUUACGUAUGGAAUAACUAUCACGUCGUGAAAUAUUCUUUGGAUUUUGGACCUCUGGAUAGUAGAUCAGGGCAGGCACAUCAUGGACAGGUAUCGUACAUCUCUCCACCAAUUCACCUUGACUCUGAGCUAGAAAGACCUCCUGUUAGAGAAAUUUCUACCACAGGACCUCUUGGCAUGGGAAGCACCACCACCAGUACCACCCUUCGGACCACAACGUGGAGUACAGGCAGGAGUACCACCCCAUCAGUGUCAGGAAGAAGAAACCGGAGUACCAGCACUCCAUCUCCAGCUGUUGAAGUGCUUGAUGACAUGACCACGCACCUUCCAUCAGCAUCGUCCCAAAUCCCAGCUCUGGAAGAAAGCUGUGAGGCUGUAGAAGCCCGGGAAAUCAUGUGGUUUAAGACCCGUCAAGGACAGAUGGCAAAGCAGCCGUGCCCUGUAGGAACUAUAGGAGUAUCAACUUAUCUGUGCCUGGCUCCUGAUGGAAUCUGGGACCCUCAAGGACCAGACCUUAGCAACUGUUCUUCGCCUUGGGUCAACCAUAUAGCACAGAAGGUAAAUCAUGGGGCCGACAAGAAAGGCUUUGCCAAAACUAAAUGCUCUGUUGUUGAUU